AUGAAGGGCCUCAAAGACUUUCGUAGGUCCUUGAACAAGGACCGCCAUUCGGGCGGAAAGCCUCCCACUUCAAGCGCAAGCCCUGCCGCCUUCACCAACGUCAAGAGCGCCGUCACCAUCCAGCCGCCCAAGCUCGUCAUCCGCGCCGUUCGCGACUACAGAUCCAACUCGCCCCACGAGCUCAGCUUCCAUAAGGGCGACUUCUUCCAUGUCAUCACAGAUCCCGCGCCCAACGCAGACUGGUUUGAGGCAAACAAUCCCAUGACCAACGCACGCGGUCUCGUCCCCGCAAGCCACUUCGACGUCCUCUCCAAGAGCAACCGCGCAAACCCGGCCACCUUUGCAGGCCCAGGCGCCACCUCGCCCCAGAUCGGCAGCAUGUCUCCGCCAACCUCCUCCGCUGCCUCCACAACAGGCGUCCCGCCUCCUCCUUCGGGCGCGUCCUUGUCGUCCAAGGCGUACGGCGGACGUGCCGCUGGAGCGGCCAUGACGGCAAAGGGCGGCGGCGGCCUCUACGCCGUGGUCAAGUACGACUUCAACGCCGAGCGCGCAGACGAACUCGAGGCCAAAGCAGGCGAGUCCAUCAUCGUCAUUGCACAGUCCAACUUUGAAUGGUUCGUCGCAAAACCCAUCGGCAGACUCGGCGGUCCCGGCCUCAUCCCUGUCGCCUUUGUCGAGAUUCGCGAUCUGGUCUCCGGGCGCCCCAUCGACGACGUACAAGAGCUCAUCGAGAGCGGCGUGGUGCCCAAGGUGGAGGAGUGGAAGAAGAUGACCGCAGAGUACAAGAAGAAUACCAUCCCGCUGGGUCGCUUCGACUUCCCGCAAUCUUCCCAGCAGGGUCUCAACUCGCCCUACGCCAACAUGGCCGCUGCCGCUUCGGGCAGCAGCACCAACAACGCCGCCCUCCCGCGCUCCGACAUGCACGCCCACCAGGCGUCCAUCUCCUCGCUGCCAGUCCCCACACCACCACCCAAGGACGAUCUCUAUAAUCAUACGGGCGGUCCGCUCGGCGCCGCCGGUGCAGUGCAGCCCUUCGACGAGCACGAUCCCAACGCCAUCGACCCGCUCACCCAGCUGCCUCCUGGAAUGUCGCCAGGCGAGCCGCUGCCCACAGGCAUCAUCACCUCCGCCACCGUCGACUCGUUCCACUACGAGCAGGGAGACUACUGGUUCCGCAUCCAGGCAACGCAUGUCGCCGGGCCUUCACCAUCAGCACCGUCCAACGCGCCCACAGCACCCGACGGAGAGGAACGGGAUCUCAUCCUCUAUCGCCUCUACGAAGACUUUUACGAGUUCCAGAUCGCGCUUCUCGACCACUUCCCCGCAGAGGCCGGCCGCGAGACCGACGCCAACGGCCACUCGAGCGAGCGCAUCCUCCCGCUCAUGCCCGGCCCGCUCGAUGUCGUCGACGACCUCAUCACCUCGCAGCGUCGCGUCGAUCUGGACCAGUACAUCAUCGAACUCUGCUCGCUGCCCGAGUACAUUAUGCGCUCCGAGCUCGUGCGACUCUUCUUCGAGCCAAGGCCCGGAGAUCACUGCACCGCGCACCCGGCUCGCGGUCCCACCGACGAGCAGGACAACAACUUGCAGUACAACGACUACGGCUAUCUGGCCGGCGGCGUGGACGCAGGUCAGCAGAGGAACCAGCAGACAACACAGCAGCAGCAGCAGCUGCGUAGCAAUGGCGUCAACAAAUAUGCCGAGGAUCAGCCAGUAGGCCGCGCAAGCACCUCGUCCAGGACCGAGGACGAGCUCAGCGCCAAGAUGCGCGGCGCCUCGCUCGGCGGCGGUUCGGGCGGCGCGUCGUCGGGCCAGCGCGACUCGGCGCGGAGCAGUGCUGCGUUUGGCGGAGGAGUGGGCGGGACGAUCAGUACGGGACGCACAUCGCAGGCGUCGAGUGGGCACAGGAAGCAGAACUCGUCCGGACCAUCGACGCAACCACAGACGUCGGGCUCGGCGGCCAGCGUGCCGUACCACCGGAUCAAGGUGGCGCGACGCAACGAUCUGGACAGCGUGAUUGCGUUGAGGAUGCCGCCAAGCCCUACGUAUGCACAGCUGCUGGAGAAGGUGCGCGAGAGGUUAGGCGCCGACGUGUCGGUGUUCAAGUGCAACGAAAAGCCCGAUCUCAUCGACGACGAUGCAUCGCUCACCGCCUGGCUCGACGAGGCGACCGACCGUGGCUGGAAACUCAUGCUCCAUGCCUCGUGA